AGUAUAUCUUAACCUUUGCAAGUUCCAACAGUAUUUCCACUGAAAUAAAUGGGCUGCAGAGUGCAGUCAAUUCAUUUUAUGUGACCUCUCUCGAUGAUGGCAAAAGAAACUGGGCCGGACGUAGCAGAGGAUACAUGUGCUCGUUUGUCAGAAACACGAGGAAAUUUAGGACCGACUAUUCAUCAAGUUAUUGAAUGUAGACCACCCGAAUGGAUCCCCUUCAUAGCAGUCGGGUUGGCAGGUUUACUGAUAAUUGUGAUAUUGACAAUAAAAGGUUGCCGGCAGUUUUUUAGCGUCCUCUGGUCCCACCCCACCAUUGUAAGCAAGACAAGGGGUGUCUUUCUCUACUACCUUCUGUACGGACUCGUUAACUUUCUCAAGAUACUAAAUCCGAAUUCGCUGGAGGUGUAUGAUAUUGUAGGGACCAUACUUGAAGGGCUACUCGUAUAUUUCGUAUACAGUCUCCUCUGGGAUUAUGCUGGCGGUUACGUGAAUGUGUUACCCAGUGUUCUGGGAAGGCAGAUAACCAUUAAUGGACGCCCUAUGUGCUGUCUCAAAUGUACUCGUAAAGUUACUCUCAAUUUUAUUUGGAUCUACGAAUGGUUAGUGAUGCAAUACCCUAUUGUUCAGCUUUUACUAGGUGUUAUAGAAACGAGCAGCUUUUUUGAUGGGCAUCAAGGAAUAAGUAAAAAGGUCAUUCGAGGAUUGAGAGCCUUGUCCAUGUUCGCGGCACUUUACGGGAUUGGAGUGGUGCAGAAGCUGUGGAAAGGACAGAAAGGACUAGAUCCAAAGAUCCGCAAGAAAAUUGCUCUUUUAAAACUAACCAUUAUUCUGGCUAGAGUGCAGGGAUUCAUUUUUACAAUAACGGGGUUUUCCGUGGAACACAUCGGUGCGAUGACGGGGUCCUACAGGGCGGCUACCUGGAAUAGUUUUAUAAAACUAGUGGAGUGUGUCUUCUUCUCCUUCUUCGCUAACCGACUAUACACUCUAGAAGAUAUUACAGCUAGGGAGGAGGAGCAACAACUGUCCUCUGGCAUUUCAGUUGACAAGGAAGAUGAUGUUGAGGAUAGUAAUGAUGACGUCAUCAAAUGUACAGAUAAUCGGAUAGGUGGUGGGAUGAACGGUGAAGCAGAUUUGGCCUUAGAUAUGAGCUAUGAUGUUACAGACGUUCAGUACAAAGAUGAAAAGGAAACGCUUAUCUCAGAUUUAACAAAAAGUGGGUAAAAAUGAAAGAAAAUGCUUACCAGCGAUCAGAUUACGUUCUUUGUAGAACUCCAUGGAAGAAUUUCAAGAGCUGCUGGACACUGGACAGUCACUGACCGUCAGUGGUCUACAUUCUAUCCUGCCAUUCGAGCAUGUAUAACAUGUAUAACAUGUAUAACAUGUAUAAGAUGUGUUCAUUUUAGUCGCUAAUAAUGAUAUUAUUCAUAUUGAAGGAUUUAUAAGUGGUAUGUUUACUUUUUAAUUUUUAGUCGCAUUCUAAAAGUUUCGUGUGUUAAUAACCGUGUUGGUGAUUGCUGGGCGAAAUAAUAUAUUUUAUUCUGUAAUACAAGUACGUACUGAGCAAUGAGAAUCAAUAUAUUUGUAAAAAAUCAAAUUUAAUUCUAAUAUCUGAGUAUAAACUGAAUAAUGAACAU